CCCGCGCCGAGCGGCAGGCGCCGGGGCCAAUCGGGCGGCGCGGCGGAUCGUCUCCUCAGCUUGCCGUCGGGUGGGCGCCGCGGCGGUUCUGGAAGGAUCGCGGGGUCGGGGCCCGGGCCCGGCCGGCGGCGGGCGAGAUGUCGGGGCUGCUCCACACCACCCUGAGCGGGCUCAACAGCGACUCCUACUGCGAGAUCAGCCAGUAUCGCGACCAGCACUUCCGGGGUAGCAGGCAGCUGCAGGAGAAAUCCCUGAAAAUCUCCUCGACGCUGUAUGUCGGCAACCUGUCCUUCUACACCACCGAGGAGCAGAUCCAGGAGCUCUUCUCCAAGUGCGGAGACGUCAAGAGAAUUGUCAUGGGGCUGGACAAGAUCAAGAAAACCCCCUGUGGCUUCUGUUUUGUGGAAUACUACACAAGAGCAGACGCUGAACAUGCAAUGCGAUUUAUCAACGGCACACGGCUAGAUGACCGCAUCAUUCGAACUGACUGGGAUGCAGGGUUUAAGGAAGGGCGACAGUAUGGAAGAGGAAAGACUGGAGGACAGGUGCGAGAUGAGUACCGGACAGACUACGAUGUGGGAAGAGGUGGCUUUGGCAAGAUCAUUCAGAUGCAGAAGGCAAAUCAUCAGCCCGCGAUCUAUUAAUUGCCUCGUGGCUUCUAGCUCGUAGAGGACUCUGUCCUUCCAGAGCUAGCUCUGUUCUCGCGUUUUGGAUUGGGGUAGGGAGGGAGAUCCAAGUUCCAGCAAAAGGUGACCCUCCUUAGACUGUGGAUAUACACGUAUUCAUUCCCCCUUCCUUCUGGGCUAGAGAGGAUGUUCUGUGCUGUUACAGGGCAACAAGGGAAAAAAAAUGGACAGCUCUGCAGGAUUAUGGGUAAGAAGAAAUGCAGCAUGUCACACACACCUUCUGCUAUGACAUACUCUUCACGUUGCAGCUAAGCAAGUGGCUUCCUCUAAGCGGCAGCUGCAGCCAUGGCUGUUCUCAAAUGGAACUUCUUAAAAGCUUACCACCAUCAGAGCCCUGGGCACCUUGUGGGGAUGCGCAAGAGAUUCAGGUUUCUAAUUUACAACCUCAUCUGCUUACAAAGCAGUAUUGCUGUUUGGAUGAGAGAAGUGGAGCAAGGUCUUAGCAUCCACUUGGAGGUGCUUGUCUGCACACCUAGCCCUUGGGUUGGUCAGGGCCUGCAGAGCAUUUCUCUUUAUGAUGCCCCCAGUGCUGCCUGUCUCUUCAGAUCCUCACUGUUCGGCAUGAUUUUGUUAAAAGUUUCUUUUAAUUUUUUAAAUAAACAGUUUUAUUGGGUGUGGCUGA